GUGGAACCGCCAUAGCUAUGGAGUUUUAUAGAAGUUCUAGAAGAUUACAAAUUCUUGGAUCUGUGAUUCUUCUUCUCUUUAUUCAUGGCGCUUACUCUUUUUACCUUCCUGGUGUUGCUCCUCAGGAUUUCGAAAAGGGAGAUGAAUUGAAAGUGAAAGUAAACAAGUUGACAUCUAUUAAGACUCAGCUUCCGUAUUCGUAUUACUCUCUUCCUUUUUGCCGUCCUAAGAAGAUUGUGGACAGUACUGAGAAUCUUGGUGAAGUGCUUCGUGGUGACCGAAUCGAAAAUGCUCCUUAUUCGUUUAAAAUGCGUGAGGCACAAAUGUGUAAUAUUCUCGGCCGUGUUACGCUUGAUGCAAAGUCUGCCAAGGCGUUCAAAGAGAAGAUUGAUGAUGAGUAUCGGGUCAACAUGAUCCUUGAUAAUCUUCCUCUAGUGGUUCCAAUAGAAAGAAUUGAUCCGGGUCAGGGUUCUCCAUCUGUUGUGUAUCAGCUAGGCUAUCAUGUCGGUCUUAAAGGCCAGUAUGAAGGGAGCAAAGAGCAAAAGUACUUUAUGCACAAUCACUUGGCAUUCACUGUCCGGUAUCACAGAGAUAUGCAAACCGAUGCUGCAAGGAUUGUGGGAUUUGAGGUUAAACCAUACAGUGUCAAGCAUGAAUACGAGGGACAAUGGAGCGAGAAGACCCGUUUGACUACCUGUGAUCCCCACACAAAGCGCCUUGUUGUUAGCUCGGCUACCCCUCAAGAAGUCGAAAAUAAGAAGGAAAUUAUCUUCACAUAUGAUGUUGACUUUCAGGAAAGUGAAGUGAAGUGGGCGUCUAGAUGGGAUGCUUAUCUUCUGAUGAGUGACAAUCAAAUUCACUGGUUUUCUAUUGUCAACUCUCUUAUGAUUGUCCUCUUCCUUUCUGGUAUGGUAGCGAUGAUUAUGCUAAGGACCCUUUACCGUGACAUUUCACGGUACAACGAGCUUGAGACUCAAGAGGAAGCUCAAGAAGAGACUGGGUGGAAACUCGUCCAUGGCGAUGUUUUCAGGCCUCCAACCAAUUCAGAUCUUCUCUGCGUCUAUGUUGGCACAGGUGUCCAGUGUUUAGGCAUGGUACUUGUCACUAUGAUCUUCGCCAUGCUCGGAUUUCUAUCACCUUCCAACCGUGGAGGUCUUAUGACAGCCAUGCUCCUUCUCUGGGUCUUCAUGGGCCUCUUUGCCGGUUACGCCUCUUCACGUCUCUACAAAAUGUUCAAAGGAACAGAAUGGAAGAGAAUUGCCUUCAGAACAGCCUUCUUGUUCCCUGCAGUAGUCUCAGCCAUCUUCUUUGUCCUAAACGCUCUCAUCUGGGGUCAAAAAUCAUCUGGAGCUGUUCCCUUUGGAACAAUGUUUGCCCUGAUCUUCCUCUGGUUUGGAAUCUCCGUGCCUCUUGUCUUUGUUGGCGCUUACCUCGGAUUCAAGAAGCCACCUCUCGAUGACCCCGUGAAAACCAACAAAAUCCCACGUCAAAUCCCAGAGCAAGCUUGGUACAUGAACCCAGUUUUCUCAAUCCUCAUUGGAGGAAUCUUACCAUUCGGUGCAGUCUUCAUCGAGCUCUUCUUCAUCCUCACAUCCAUCUGGCUCAACCAGUUCUACUACAUCUUCGGAUUCCUCUUCCUCGUCUUUGUGAUCCUUAUGGUCACCUGCGCUGAGAUCACCAUUGUUCUCUGCUACUUCCAGCUUUGCAGUGAAGACUAUCUCUGGUGGUGGAGGUCUUACCUCACCUCAGGUUCUUCUGCGGUCUAUCUCUUCCUCUACGCAGCCUUCUAUUUCUUCACAAAGCUCCAGAUCACUAAGCUCGUCUCAGCUAUGCUCUACUUCGGAUACAUGCUUAUUGCCUCUUACGCGUUUUUCGUGCUGACCGGAACAAUCGGGUUCUACGCUUGUCUCUGGUUCACAAGGCUCAUUUAUUCGUCGAGAACUCUCAUCGAAGCUACUUUUCUAUUCUUCUUCUUCUUCUUGGCUAAUUUUGCAUGUUGCAAAGAGAUUCUCGUUGGAGGCAAAACCAGCGCCUGGAAAAUCCCUUCUUCGCCUUCCGAGUCCCUAUACAAAUGGGCUGAGAGUUUACGGUUUCACGUUGGUGAUUCUCUUGUGUGGAAGUACGAUGGAGAAAAGGACUCGGUUUUGCAAGUGACAAAAGAUGCAUACAUUAACUGCAACACUACAAACCCAGCAGCUAAUUACAGCAAUGGAGACACUAAAGUGAAGCUAGAAAGAUCUGGUCCUUACUUCUUCAUCAGCGGCUCCAAAAGCAAUUGUGUUGAAGGUGAGAAGCUUCACAUUGUAGUCAUGUCCACUCGUGGUGGCCACACCGGUGGUUUCUUCACCGGUUCUGCUCCUUCUCCUGCACCAUCUCUGGCUCUGGGAGCUCCUGCUGUUGCUCCUGCCACUGGUGCUGCUUCUUCUUUGACUCGCCAAGUUGGGGUUUUGGGAUUUGUUGGAUUAUUAGGGAUUGUUUUGCUCUGAUUUUAACCUACUUUGUUCAAAUUCUAUCUCUGCUUUUUGAUUCUUUGAUCCACAAGAUUUGUUGAAUUCUUUUGCCUUUUGGACAUUAAUGUUAUUUCCAAAUACAAAAUUCACCAACCU